AUGGCACCCAAUCCAGAGCCGGAACAGCGGGCCCUGCCGAUGCUAAACAAAGCACAGAUACUUGACGACUUGAGCUGCCUGGGCAAGGACCCCGAUUUUGAAAGACGGCUAUCGUCCAAAGCACCAAAAACCGCAAGCCUCGAGGAACUGUCGCCCGUCCACGUACACAUCCCUCUACCAUCUGACAAACCCGAGCAACCCGCCAACCUCUCAAGUGCCGUCAAAAGUGCAGUCCAGUUGCUUCACAUCGAUCACCAGUUGACUCAAAGAGGAAUCGAAUCUGAACAGCGUAAGAUUGGAGAUCGACUCGAAGAUAACCGGAGAAAAAUAGAUCACUUACUCAGGGCUUUAAAUCAAUCGAGCUUGCUUGCAUCCUCCGAGCCGACCUGUUGCACUCCACAUCAAGAGCAAUCAACCCAGUCUCAAACUUAG